AUGUCGCGCGAGAUGGAGCAGGUGGAGGUGGGCAGCCGCAUCACUGCGCCGGGCUUCAUAGGCAGUGGUGACUGCAGGUACGUGUACGUGCGCUACCUUGCGCACGGCGGCUGCGGCGAGACGUGGGAGAUAAAGGACGCCGCUACCGGUACGCCAUACGCGCUGAAGAUCACACCGCUUAGGAGCUGCUCUCCCUCAGCGCUGAUGCGGGCGCGGACGGAGGUGCGCUGCUUGGAGUCUGUAAACCACUUUGCGUGCAUUCAGCUGCACGACAAGCUCGAGACGGAGUCGUACCUGUUCCUCGUGAUGGAGUAUUGUGAUGCUGGCGACCUGCGCUUCCAACUGCGCGGCGGGGCAACGCUGCUGGAGUACCAGAUCACGUACAUCAUGCUCCAGGUAAUCCUUGCCCUUCACUACAUGCACACCAAGCGGAAGAUGCUCCACCGCGACCUCAAGCCGGCGAACGUGCUGCUCAAAACAAAGGGCCUCGUGAAGAUCGGUGACUUUGGCCUUAGCAAUAUGUACGACACGAUACACGGCGAGGUGGGCCGUACCAUCUGCGGCACCCCCGCGUACGUGGCACCGGAGCUGUGGCGCAGCGAGCGUUAUGGGGUGCCGGCCGACAUGUGGUCGCUUGGCGUCAUGCUGUACGAGGCGAUGGCCGGGCGCCUGCCCUUCGAGGGAUCCAAGUACGAGGAGCUGCGGCGCAGGGUGCUCAACGAGGCGGUGCCGCCGAUCGAGACGCCGUACAGCGAGGACCUGAAGCGCAUCGUCUAUGCGCUGCUGCGCAAGGCGCCGGCGGAGCGACCAGACACCACGAAGCUGCUUAGCGAGCCGCCCAUUGUCGCCGCGCUGAGCAGCUUCCCACAGGUAUUGCGUGCCUCUAACGUAGAGGAUUCGCUGCUGCAGCGCGUGUUAUAUGACAUCAGCCCCGCACAGCUGCAGCCGCUGCCGCGCGUCGACCGGGCGGUGACGUUCUCUGGAGCCGUGUGGAAGUUCAAGCCACCGCACGACUACCAGGAACGCUAUAUGGAGCUGGUUGACGGCCAGCUGAUGCUGCUGCAGCGCCAGGGCGCUCGGGUCGGCGACAAGGGCUGUAUCCCGCUCCAGCAGGUGGAGCAGGUCGCUUGCAUCGACGGCGACCACGUAGCGCUGAGGCUGUCGGACACUGACUGGCUGUUCUUCCGCACACCUCAGGCGCCGCAGUGGGAGGAGCGUCUGCGGGCCGCGCUGCGGCUAUAG